AUAGCUUUGUUCUUGAGCAGUGGAUUUUAAGGAGCAAGCUGUACUUAUCAAGUUCUGUAGGCUCAGCUGCAUCCACUGCUGAAAACCUAAUUUAAUAUUUUUCUUGUAGAGAAUUUCUAUACACUACUGCUGGUUUUGCAGAGCAAGAUCAAGGCAGCUGUUACAUUCAACAAAUUGGAUAUCAAUCCUUCCAGAACAUCAAAAAAUACUGCCAAGUAAAAGGUUACCGUUGAACCAAAGCUGAUAAAGCCAAAAUUAUAACAAAAAAUCUGGACAAAUCUUUGUUUUUACAAAACUGGCUGAUCAUUCUAACUAGGGAUUUGAAAAGACAGACCUACAGGAACAUGGAUUCUGCUCUCCUUUUCUAUACGUUUGUCUGUUUUUCAUCUGCUGCCUCAGUGGAAACCUUCAUGACAUAUUCAACCCAAUGUCCACCGAAACUAAAACUGAAUGAAGCCAUUACUAAAAAUAUAUCUGUUCUGAACCUCAGUGGCCUCAGACUCAGGAGAAGCUAUCAUGACUGCCUGAGGCACUACAACCAAUUACAGGUGCUCCUUCUGAAUAGUUCUAAUUUAGAGGCUGUAGAGGAGACAGCAUUUACAAGCAUAUCCAGUCUUAAGCAACUCUAUCUACAUGACAACAGGUUAAUAGAGUUUCCUUCAAAACCAAUGGCUCCACUCACUUUGCUUCAAGUCCUAGUUAUCAGCAACAAUUACAUCAAAGAAAUUAAAUCAGGUGCUUUUGAGAAUUUGCUGGAGCUCAGAGAGCUGUACUUGGGGCCCCAAGCACAGUUUCAAGACUUUCAAUAUCAAGCGCUAGUCCCUCUGAGAAAAAUUAAGGUGCUGAUUCUCAGAGGACUCAACCUCACAUUUGUUCCAGUCAUUAAUCAAAUGCAGUUGCUUCAGGACCUGGACUUAUCCAAUAAUAAGAUUGAUAGAAUAUUAUCACAAUACUUUUAUAAACUGACCAAACUACAGACACUACGAUUGUCAGGGUCAGAAAUUACAUUUAUAAGCAAAUCAGCUUUCAGUUCUCAGAAGAAUCUGAGGCUCUUGGACUUGUCCAGGAAUGAGCUGGUCACCCUUUCCAAAGAAACACUCAAUCCCAUUGUUCGGUCAGUAGGUGGUGCUGUGGGCAUCAAACUGGCCCAAAACCCAUUUCACUGUGAUGCCAGCAUGUGCUCUAUGAAGAAAUGGUUGGACACUGUAAAGGAACAGCUGGAUAUGCAGUGUAACAGUCCCAACAGCCUCAGAGGACUCUGGAUGAGCCAACUGUCACUCUCUCAUUUUAACUGCUCAAAAGAGCCUAAUUUUGCAUUUUUACCAAAAGCCUCUCAUGCAAACAAAACUGGCAUCACACAUUCAUUUCUGGGAACAGGGACCAUUGGCAUCGUAAUUGUUGCUGCAGCUGCAUUUUUCACCCUCAUCCUCUCCGUAAUAUACUUAUCAUCAGUGAAAUCAAUUCAACAGUCAUCUCUCAUGAGACACUGCGGCUGCAACAGUGUAGAAUUUGCUCAGCAAGAGAAUGAAGAGCAAGACACGAGCAGUUCUCUUAUAUAAGCAAGAUGCAUGCUUCAUUUUCAAAAUUAGCUUCAACAACACUUAAAUGAACACGAAGAGAUUCAACUCUGACUUACUACUGCAAAAAGGAGACAUAUGAUGCCAGCACCCAUUAAUUUUUGAUUCUUGGUCUAUACUAAUAUACUCUUCCUCCGGUAUGGUGAGUGAGGAUUUGGAAAGAAGAGGCUUGUAUCUACAUACCACUUUUCCCAAUCGUAGGAUCUCCCAAGCACAUUACAGUCAACAAAGUACUAUUUUUACAGGCAAUGGUUUAUUGAGUUGCAUUUCAACAAAUGAAACAAUAUGGGCCCAUCAAUUUUAACUGAUAGAGAUUAUAAUAUUUUUAGCAGCUGAGUACUGUACCUACUCAGAAUCAGCAGUUUGUUUGGAGCACAGCUCUUUUAGCUUUGUUUUCUGCUGAUUGCUAUAUUAUUAGAACGUUAUUCCCAUUUAGUUCCAUUACUUAAGACAAGAUAUAAUUUAAACAUAUGCUUCAUAAAUUGUAGAAAUUAAAUUGUGAUGCAAUAA